AUGAUAGCCUUAUUAAAUCGUUUAGCUGAUAUCCUUGCACAAGAAUCUGUAAAAGAUUUACAACGAAACGGUUUACAAGAAAAUGAUGAGAAACAAUCGAAUCUUGUUAAAUCACAAAAUUUAUUACAACAAUUUGGUCUUACUUCAGAUAUUCGUCCAAUAUUUGUUCAAGUACAAGAACGUCAUUCAACUUCACCUAUAUGUUUUAAUCUUUCAAGUAGUUUAUAUUCUUCACCUAUAGAUAUUGUUGCAAAUGUGAUCUUAUCAAAAUUAUCUGCUAGUAAUCCAGCAAUGCCUAAUGAAGAAAAGAUGAAAAUUGUUGAAGAAUAUAGAACACGUUAUUGGUUACAAGCAUUUGGGUGUGAAGAAAGAAUCUUUGGUACUAAGCCAUUAAUACAAUCACGUUAUGUUCAAACAUGUCUUCGUCUUGAUAAACCAUUAUAUUUUAAAUUAAUUAAUAUUGAAAGUGCAACUGGUAAUGGUAAAAAACGAUGUAUAGCAAUGAUUCAUGAAGCUAUUAAACAAGAAGAAGAACGAAAAAAACCACAAAAAUUCGGUAGACGAAGUAAUGAAAUUCGUCAAGUAUGGAAUGAAAAAGAAAUAGCUUGCAAAUAUUUUUCUUUACGUAUUUUAUCUGGUCAAUUAAUUCCAGCUGGCGAAUUUGAUGAAGUUAAAAUUAUUAUUGGAUUAUAUCAUGGUACACAACCAUUAUUUUCUGGAUCAAUUAUGGAAAGUCGUUCAGUUGAUACAUUAAAUCCUGAUUGGCAACAAGAAAUAAAAUUUGAUAUAACAUUAGUUAAUUUACCACCAGCUAGUAAAUUAUGUUGUUCGAUACAUUUUCAUCGACGACGAACAUCAUUAUUAAAUUCUGAUGAAUGGAUCUGUAUUGGAUGGGCGAAUCUCAAUGUAUUUAAUCAUAAUAGUUGUCUUAUACAAGGAAGACAAAAAGUACGAUUUUGGCCAACAGAAAUGAAUAAUAAUAAAAUGGUUUCAUCUAUGUAUGGUUUUAAUGAAAGAGCUUUAGCUGGUAUAAAUCCUGAUCGAUCUUAUCCAACAAUCGAACUAGAAUUUCCUAGUUAUAAAUAUCAAAUAGCAACAUUAUCACCACGUAAUGGUUUAGCUAUGCAAGCACAAACAAAAAAUGAACAACUUUUACGUUCAUGUGCAUUCCAAGAUGAUUUAGAAGAAACUGGAGAAAAUAUUGCUCAAUCAGAUUUUUAUGAUUGGCUUCGUUCAAUUGAAUUUGAAUUAACGGAACAAAGUCAAGUUGAACUUUGGGAUAGACGUUAUGAAUGUAUGCGUGUACCAGAAUCAUUACCACGUUGGCUUAAAUGUGUUAAAUGGUCAAAUCAUGAUAAUGUUCUUGAAGCUUAUAAAAUUGUUAAAAAUUGGCCGACAGAAAAUAUAGAUCCAUUAAUGACCGCCCUCGAAUUAUUAGAUGUUGAUUAUCCUGAUCCAUUUAUUCGAUUUUCAGCUGUUCGUCUACUUGAUACACGUAUUGAUGAUGAUCGACUUCUACCUGUUAUAUUACAAAUUGUACAAGCUGUUAAAAAUGAACCAUAUCAUGAUAGUGCUUUAGCAAGAUUUUUACUUAAACGUUCAUUAUUAAAUCAACAAGUUGGUCAUUAUUUCUAUUGGCAUUCAAGAGUUGAAUUAAAAAAUCCACAAUAUAAAGUACGAUAUGGUCUUUUAUUAGAAGCAUAUUUACGUUAUUGUGGUGAAUAUGCUGAAGAUCUUGGACGACAAGUACGUUCUGUAGAUAAAUUAAUAUAUAUUGCUGAAUUGAUACAAAAUAGUACACAUGAUGAAUUAUAUAAUCAAAAAGGUUAUCUUGCUCAUGUACUUACGCGAGAAAGAUAUACUCAAAAUCUUCAAUAUUUUCGAUCACCUGUUGAUUAUAAUAUUGAACUUGGUCUACUUGUUCUAGAUCAUUGUCGAAUAAUGUCAUCAGCUCGACGACCAUUAUGGUUACGUUGGACAAAUGGUUCUGAAUAUGCUGAACAUUAUUUUCCAACAUUUGAUCUUAUUUUUAAAAAUGGAGAUGAUCUUCGACAAGAUAUGUUAGCAUUACAAUUUAUUCAAAUGAUUGAUAUUAUUUGGAAAGCUGAUGGACUUGAUUUAAGUCUUUUACCUUAUGGAUGUUUAGCUACUGAUUAUUGUUCGGGUUUAAUUGAAGUUGUAAAAAAUGCUAAAACAAUAAUGAAUAUACAAAGAUUAGGUGGUUUAAAAGGACAAUUUCAAUUUGAUGCUAGUGCACUUUAUCGAUGGAUUGCAAAAAAUAAUCCCGGUGCUGAAAAAUUAAAAAGUGCAAUUGAUUUAUUUACAAGAUCAUGUGCUGGUUAUUGUGUUAUAACAUACGUUCUUGGUGUUGCUGAUCGUCAUCCAGAUAAUAUUAUGGUUAAUAAACGUGGUCAAUUAUUUCAUAUUGAUUUUGGACAUAUAUUGGGAAAUUUUAAAAUGAAAUAUGGUAUACGUCGUGAACGUACACAAUUAGUACUUAUUGAUGAUUUUGUUCGAGUUAUUACUAAUAAUAAUACAGAGAAAAAUCCAAUUGAAACACGUGA